AAAAUAAAUAUUCAAAAGAAAAAAUGAGCAGAAAUCCGACAUGUUCUCGCAUGCUAGAUCUCAUACGUCACCUGUUGUCAUGACCACAUAACCUCCUCCAUUCAGCUCCUCUCUCUAUCUCUCUUUGAGUACAAUCGUCGUAUCUGAACCUUACUCACUCAGAUCAACAUUCCAACAACACCAAGAAAAAUUCAAUACCCCUGUCUCUCUUUCCCCAUGGAUUCAGAUUUCUGGACCUCUCGCCUUGCGGCCGCCAAACGCCAGUUGACUUUGCAGCAGCACCACCACCACCACCACAACCAUCAUCAUAGCUCUCAAUUGGAUCGAUUGAACAUCGAUGAUUUCGAGGUGGAAGAUGAGGUUCGCCCCGAUUUUCCAUGCCCUUAUUGUUUUGAGGACUUCGAUAUAGCUUCUCUGUGCUCCCACCUCGAAGAUGAGCACUCAUUCGAGUCCAAAGUCACCGUCUGUCCUAUUUGCUCUGUCAAGGUUGCAAGGGACAUGUUAAGUCAUAUCACCCUGCAACAUGGACACUUGUUCAAGUUGCAGAGACGACGUAGAUUACGUAGAGUUGCAAUUCCCAACGGUCAGGCACUGUCGCUUCUGGGAAGGGAUCUUCGUGAGACCCAUCUGCAGGUGCUUCUAGGAGGUGGUGGAUAUCGUUCAAGCAAUACAAGUUCAUCUAAUGCAGUUACCGAUCCAUUCCUUUCAUCUCUUGUCUUGAACUUCCCUGCAUCUGAAGCAGAAGAAAUUUCAAAAUCUUUGUUAUCCAGUGCCGAGGACACUUCUACAAAGAGCGUGCCAUCCGCACAUAUAUGGAAAUCAAGUUUUGAUGCAUCAUUAAGUUCCGAAGAGCGGGAAGAAAAGAUGAGACAAGCUGCUGGAAGAUCGGUUUUUAUGCAAGACCUACUUGUCUCAACUCUGUUCGGUGACUAGUUGAUGCAGUAAGUUAUUACAAAAUAAUUUUAGUUGUGUUAUUCAGUAAUUCUGAUAGGGGGUAAUUUUGGGUGGGAAUUGAAUGGUAUCACAUUGUUGUACGACCCAAUACAUGCCUCAUGUGGAUGUUCUAUUGAUGCAGCAUUAUUGAGUUCCUAAUCAUAAAAUCCAUCUCUCUCAAUUAGAGCCGUAGUGCUUUCUCAAAUAAAAUAUAAUCUUUUCUUGUGUCUUGUAAUUCCACUUUCGAGAUAUUUUGCAUUUCCAACUAUAUCAUUCGGAAGCAAAAAGCAACCUUGUCGGGGUAGCAUUAGCAGAGUGGGUUGCCAAGGAGAAGAAGAUAACAUUUGGAAGCCUGCACGGAUUCAAUAACUUCAAACGGAUUUUGAUUUAGAAAUAGAAAUUCUUUUGUUGGAGUGGCAUUAAGGUAGACUGUUUCCGCUAUGUAUGUGUAGAAUUAAAGUGUGAGUUCUUAUUACUAUUAUUAUUAUUUUCUUCCUUUCUUUUAA